AUGGCGCUCGCCGCGAUCUCUGCGAUGUCGCCGGCAUCCUACUGCCCGGGCCAGAAGCUGGCUCUUGCCCUCGUGGUGAUGGGCCUCUUCCUCUUCGGGCACAGCGCGUGUCACCCGUACGCGAACAGCGCGCUGAACCGCGUCGAACAGAGAGCGCUCGCGGUGUUGGCCCUCGGCAUGGUGGCUGCGGUGUGGCUCGCGGGUGAGUCCUGGAGCAAGACGCCGGAGAUGGAGCAGGCUGUCCUUCUUGGCACCGCCUUCGUGCUGUUCGUGGCUGAAACGUUCCUCGUUGGCUACUUCCUAUACGCGAAGUUCGUGCGCGAAGAGGUGGCGGCCGGCGCCGAGCUUCGCGCGGAACAGGCUUGA